AUGAAGUUCACCCUUAGUGUCUUAGCGCUUGCUGCAUCUGCCAAUGCGUGGACCAUGCAGUUCGACUGUCCAAGAGGCUCUGACUUCGAAGGGUCCUAUUCUGGAUCCAAGAACAAGGGCUGCACUUCGAUCCCAGCAUGUGUUCCAGGCGAUCAUAUGGUAUGGGGUAACACCAAGAAGUCCAACUGUGUUCUGAGGCUGUAUGCUGCUGCGCCGUGUGCCGCUGAGCAGGAGAUUGGACACUCCAAGGAGAAUUGGGAUCAUAAGUUUGGUCAAGCUGUUUUUGCAUGGGGUGUUACGAACUGUUGA